GGAACAUUACGCAUUUUUGUCUUUUUUAUUUUUCUCGCUUCAAUCUUGUCUCUUUCAAUUCGCAAUUUUUUCCACCUUUUUUCCUAUUUUUAUUAUUGCCCUCCAUUUCCUCGCUUCGCAUCCUACACAAUAAAAUGCUGAAGAAGCUCGUGGUCCUCUUCGCCCUGCUGGCCUUAGCCAAUGCCGUGACUCUGCGCAAGUGGAUUGCCUCGCACGAAAAGAGCUGCUACUACGCAUUUGCCGACGCUCCCGGAAAGAAGAUUUCCUUCUACUUUGCUGUUCACAGUGGCGGCAACUUUGACAUUGAUUUUGAGGUUGAGGGCCCCAACAACCGCCAGCUAUUCAAGGGUGAUGCCGAGCGCCAAGGCGACUUUGUCUUCACAGCCACUCAGCCCGGAGAAUACUCCUUUUGCUUCAAAAACGGACUCGCCUCGUACGUCGACAAGCUUGUUGAGUUUGACAUCACUGUGGAGAACGAGGCCCGUGCUGACGACAUCACCAAGCGGUCUAAGCGCGACGAGGUCAUGAACAGCGUCGUCACUAUUGCUAGCGACUUGGGUCAGAUCACCAAGUUUAUGAAGUAUUUCCGCUCGAGGGAGAACCGUAACUUUGCCACUGUUUCGUCUACGGAGUCUAGGGUUUGGUGGUUCUCGGCUUUGCAGAGCUUGAGUGUGGUUUUGGUUGCUGUCAUCCAGGUGUACGCUAUCAGGACUCUGUUCACCGCCAAGAGGACUCGUCUGUGAGUCAUUUUUUCCUUUUUGUCCUUGCUUAUUUUUCUGGCUUUUCAUUAAUUGCAAGUUACGCUAGGAAGCAAAAAAUAUAUAUAAUUGAAAUAUAA